AUGGAGCAGGAGCAAGAAGAGGAGGAAGAGCAGGAGGAAGAAGAGGAGGAAGAAGAGGAGGAAGAAGAGGAGGAAGAAGAGGAGGAAGAAGAGGAGGAAGAAGAGGGGGAAGAAGAGGGGGAGGGGGGAAACGAUGCGGGGGAUGAGGAUGAUGAGAGUGAUGAUGAGUUAAGAUAUGCCCCAUUUUUAAUAGACAGCUUGUCCUUUACCAUAAUCCCCCUUUCAUUCAACCAAGGAACCACCUCCUACCGGCCACCGUCCCAGGAUCGUGCCUUGUAG